CUGACGAGCAAGAGCUGAGAAUAGGGUUGUGCGAUAAUUAAUCAUCAUCUAUUGAUAAGAGAUAAGUGCGAGAGAUUAAAGCAGACGUGAGUAGUGAGGUGGUUCAAAGCACAAAGAGGAACGUAGAGAAAGGAUGGAAAAAAAAGAGUGAAUGGUGAUGAUGGUAGUCGAGAAAGGAUUGAAGAGGGGACAAGGGACAGAGAGAGAAAGAGAGAGAAAGAGAGAGUGAUAAAGAUAGAUAGAAAAAGAAGAGAAGAAGAUAAAGCUCAAGAAUCGGCAAGGACUCUGUCGCGACUGCGCGUAUCAAGGGUUCUAAAAUGUGAGUAGUAGUAGUAGAGUAGUAGUAGUAGUAGUAGAAGUAGUAGUAGUAGUGGGGAUUGAAGAGGAGCUGGAAUGGUGGGGGUCGAUGCGAAGGCGCGAACGGAGGAGAGACGAGCAAACGCGGUAUUCGUUGCUCUCGGCAGAGCGCGAUCGCUCAGUCGGGAUGAAGGUCGCGCACCCUCUUCUUCUACGGCGCCGAUGAACAGUGAAGAACGUGCUAGGACAGCGGUUCGCGAUGAAUGGUGAACGUAGCGUGAAACGUGUUACGGGAAUGAAAGAUUCUCUCGGCUGUCUUCGUAUCCUUACGAUUACUUUCCUGAUAGUGGUGGCGAUUGGACGCGCAAGAACCGAUAAUUCUUCCUUAAAUUCCGGCAAUCAAAUUAUCACGCUUCUCUCGAGAUUGCCGAGUGUUCUGCGAAGCUCUAGUGUAGUGCCGAUAGCGAAGCCACGCUGCCAGAGGCCACUUUACGCUCACCGGAAGUCGAAGAGACACGUAGAAGAAGUACCGACCUUCAACAAUUCGAUCUCAAAUGUGACGGUUGCAGUGGGGCGAGAGGCUGUACUUACCUGUGUUGUCUCGAAUCUAUCUGGUUUCAAGGUCGCCUGGUUGAGAGUCGAUACACAGACUAUUCUGACGAUAGCUAAUCACGUGAUAACGAAAAAUGAUAGAAUCAAAGUAACGCACAGCGAGCAUAAGAUGUGGUAUUUACAUAUACGAGAUGUCAAUCCAAGCGACCAGGGAUAUUACAUGUGUCAAAUAAACACCGAACCUAUGAAAAGUCAAACUGGCUUUUUGGAAGUUGUAGUUCCUCCAGACAUUCUCGACAAUUCGACAAGUACAGACAUGGUCGUUAAAGAAGGCAGUAACGUGACAUUGCGCUGUGCAGCAAGAGGAUCACCACAACCGAACAUCACUUGGAAGCGUGAGGAUGGAGAACUUAUAUCUCUUGGAGAUGGCCAAGGAGUUAGUAGCAUCGAAGGAUCGAUCUUCAACAUCAUGAAAGUGAACCGGUUACAGAUGGGAGCGUACCUUUGUAUCGCUUCAAACAGCGUUCCACCUACCGUCAGCAAGAGAAUUAUGCUUAUAGUACACUUUCCUCCUAUGAUCUGGAUCCAGAAUCAAUUGGUAGGAGUGCAAGAGGGACAGCAAAUGACGUUGGAGUGUAAUUCGGAGGCUUUCCCGAAAUCGAUCAACUAUUGGACAAGAGGAAAUAAUCAAAUUAUACCAAAUGGGGAGAAGUACGAGCCGACCUUCUCGGACAAUACGUAUAAAGUGCACAUGAAGCUCACCAUACGUUCCGUUACCAUGUCAGACUACGGCAUUUACAAAUGCAUAUCGAAAAAUUCACUUGGUGAAACGGAUGGCAGUAUAUCGCUUUACCAUAUUCCAACCACCACGACGCAAGUCAAGACCACGACCACGACACCAAUGCCCACGAUAGAUAAAGUCGAAAAUAUGCAAAGGACUCGACAAAAGAUGCUGCCGAGCUUAGAACCGAACUUAAAUGAAAUAACAGACGCGUCUUUGUCUACUAUAAUUAGAAACGAAAAUAUACGAACUGAUGGACGACAUAACAACAACGAUUAUAUUAAUGCUGAGAAUAAAAUUGACAAGAAUGUUCAACGAAAAAAUCCAUUGAACAAGGAUGUGAAUGCUCAUAAAUUUUAUAACACGUCUCGAUCAAUAUCUUCGAGAGGAGAUAGGCUAUAUGCUUUUUUACAACACAAUAUAAUCAUCUACACAAUUCUAUUAUCUAUUCUUUCGUAGUCGGUCUUUAGAUAUUUUGUGUCCACAAAAUACGAAGACGUUUCGAUUAAUUGGACCUCGUCUUUACAUACUGUCAUUCCUUUUCCAUUAGCAAACGGGAUCAAUUUAUCUUAAGUAUAGGUGCGAUCGUCGAUGUCCAUGCUUCCUUUCUACUUGCUUAUAAGAAAAAAAAGAACCAUUCAUGAUAAGUAACCUUUCGUGAAAUUAGAAAUAAAAAUUCUACGUGUCGUGGUUCACGAUUAUAUUUUUUUCAAAUGUACGAUAUAGUAAUUCUAUCGUCACUCUAUAAUUUUUAACAUUGAAAAUCUUGUUUGUUUAGAGACAAUAUAUUGAAACAUUUUUUCAUUAUUUUUUAAUACUGGAUUUGGUUCAACAUUGUUCCUAUUACGACGAAAACGUUAUUGUUAAUUAUAUAUUCAGACGUAAUUUAUAAACAAUUAGAGAAAGAUAUUUGUAUAAAAAGUUAUAUGACAAUCCAGAAAAGUGAAAUUUUAGUAACAACGAAUCUAUUGCACAUGUCAUAUGUUAUUAUUCAAAAUGAUAUCGAAAAGAUAAUAUUAUUUUAUUUCAUUUUACAUUUUAAGUAAUAGAGACAGAUAAAACUGUUGAAUCUCAUAACUAAUCUUGUCUGUAUUAAUGCUUAAUUUUGAUUAAUAUUUUCUUAGAUCAUAUUUUCAAUUAAUCUCGGCCUAAUCUUUCCUAAGAACAGAGAAACCUAUAUUCGGAAUGAGAUAAUCACGAUAUUAAAGCCUAAUCAGUCUAUAACUGCGAUAUUUCAUUAUAAUUGUGAUGCAAUUAUAAGAAAUACAUACGAAGAAUAAUAAGCGAAUAUGAAGUUAGAGAUAAAAAUUCUAUAUGUCGUGUUUCACGAUUAUACUUUUUUAAAUGUAUGGUAUAGUAAUUUCUAUCAUAAUGUUAUAAUUGUUAAUGUCAAAAUGUCAUGUCACGUUUUCUUUUAAUUACAUCACAUAGUGAGAAUUAUGAGGAUGAACUUUGGAAAUAAUGAAAAAAGUAAGAAUUCGGAACGAAUUCAAUCCUCUUUCUAAUUAUCAGCAGCUUCUAUCUUGCCAAGCGAUGGACGGAUAAACUUGUAUGUACAUGUAAAUCUUGUUGGAAAUAGUGUACUUUUAAAGAUGUACACAUACAUAUCUCAUUUAUUUGAGAUAAUCGAUCUGUCGAAUAUUUCUGCGGGAGAAAGUAUGGAGAACUUGUAUAUUUGAAAAUGAUUGUAAUGAUUUGAAUACCGCUGUAAAUAACGAUUACGUGUAUAUAUAUAUAUAUAUAUAUAUAUAUAUAUAUAUAUAUAUAUAUGUUGGUAGAUAUAUAUUAAAAAUCUAUGUCGACGAUGAUACUGAUGUUAAUUAAAUGAAUAUUAAUAAUUUUGUACAUAAAUUACUGAUUCGCGCGUGUGUGGAUAGGAUAAAAUUAUCGAUAAGGGAAGGAACAUUAGCGUGACGUCCUUAGAGUUCCAUUUUUUAAAGCAUAUCUUCGAUUUUUCACGAAGACUAUUGACGUUGAUAGUUUUAUCCUACGAUGUAUGUUCACCUCGUAGAUAGAUUUAACUGUAAAUAUAAGUAUUAAAAGAAAAAAAAAAGAAAACAAAUAAUGUCUCGUAAUAUCGGAAUUUUAUGUAAUCCGAAAUGCAUUUAACAAGUAAAUAUUUGUAAAUAGAUCAAAGCGCCGUAGUAUGUGAUCUUUUUAAGAUUGAUUAUUUCGUCUUUAUGUCGAGCCAUAUCCGUCGUAGCCGACCAUAACCAAACGAAAAAGAACCAGUGAGCUUUAUUAUCGCUUUAUAAUUGUAUAUGGAAAUUUACAUACCGUCAGAUUUUUAAGUAGAUCGAUUAUGAACGCUAACGAGAUGGGACAAAACUUCCGGAGUAAUUUAAAAUAUAUUCAUUAUUCAUUGUACUGUAACUGGAAAUUUUGAGUGAAUGUUGAAGUAUGAAUAAAGAUCGAAUGUUAAAGUUUGAAGGGA